UUAGUAAUUGGUAACAGCACACUGACAAACUUGGUGAGACAAGACUGGUAAAAUCCACAAUAAUUGAUGAUUAGCACUUUGUACCUGUAACAUCCUGGUGGAUUGAGGCCAUUUAGUAAAAAUAGUGGAAUGAUAAGAGAAGAAGAGGAAGAUGAUGAUGAGGAGGAGGAAGAGGAAGAUUAUGAAGAUGAAAAAAGAGGAACGUUAUCGUUUGUGUUGUCUUUCAUCUCUAAUACAAUGUCAGGUUUUCUUCGGAGUCUGGUCUGUUUUAGGAGAGCAGAGAUGCUGAACGUCCCGCCCCAGUCAUUUCCCUCAAUGAGCUCUCAGCAGCGCGUCGCUCCGUCAGGACAGCCGAGAAACAAGGUGGCACUGAAGCCAGGCCAUAGUCUUAUGGACUGGAUACGUCUUACAAAAAGUGGACGCGAUCUGACUGGACUGAAAGGGCGACUGAUUGAGGUCACAGAGGAGGAACUAAAGAAACACAACACAAGAAAUGACUGCUGGACAUGCAUCAGAGGUAUGGUGUAUAAUGUGAGUGCCUAUAUGGAUUUCCACCCUGGUGGAGAGGAGGAACUAAUGAGGGCUGCUGGGAUGGAUGGUACUGACCUGUUUGACCAGGUCCACCGGUGGGUGAACUAUGAGUCCAUGCUGAAAGAGUGCCUUGUGGGUAAAAUGGUGGUGAAGGCCAGCAUGGUCCUUAAAGCUCAGCCAACAAAAAAGGAGCAUACACAUGUAAAUGGGAUCACCCCUCCUCCUCCUCUGUUGCCAGAGCCAGCAAAAGUCCCACUUCCAGCUAAAGACCAUCGGCCUCGAUAUGACUGGUUUCAAACAGAUGAAACAGUUACUAUUGUUGUUUAUACCAAGCGGAAGAUCCCAAACUCUGGCUGUUCAGUGGUGGACCUUCAAGGCAACAUUCUACGAAUAGAGAUACUGUUGGGAAGUUGGUCAUAUUUGCUUCACUGGAGCCUUUCUCAUGAAGUAGAAGAAAUUGUUGCCACUAAGACAGUCAGUUCGGUUGGAAAGAUUCAGGUGUGCCUGCGCAAAGUGGUCCAUGCCAAGUGGACACAGGUGGGCCAACCCCUAGAGUCCCAUGAUUCAUUUAUUCGGAGUAAAGAUCGUGGACUGUUCUACAGAGACUGUGUGUUGGUUUCAAAAAAAGAAGUUACACAUGAUACUCAACUCUUCUGUUUCCGACUACCUCCUGGAACGCACAUGCAUGUCCCCGUUGGGAGACAUGUCUACCUCAAAGCCUCAAUUCAGGGUAGCGAUGUUGUAAAACCCUACACACCAGUAGAUGAGGUGCUUAUGCCACAGAAGAAAACAGUGAGCUCUGAUAUUUAUCUCAUGGUUAAAGUUUAUCCUGAUGGAUUGUUCACCCCACAUCUAGACAGCCUUGAUAUCGGAGCUUCUCUGUCCAUCAGCAGUCCAGAUGGUCCCUCUACGCUACGUAGCCUGCGUGAUGUCACUCAUUUGUACCUCUUAGCUGCUGGCACUGGUUUCACACCUAUGGCUCGCCUCCUUCGCCUGGCUCUACAGGACCUGUCUUCUGUCAGAAAAACCAAGCUCAUGUUCUUCAACCGUCAAGAGAGGGACAUACUAUGGCACUCUGAGUUGGAGCAGCUGUGUGCAGAGGAGGAGAGGUUUCAGGUUGAAUAUGUCCUCUCAGAGCCUCCAGGCUCGUGGAUGGGCAGAAGAGGACAGGUAGAGGCCACCAUGCUACAGGGUUUCCUGGAUAGACCAGAAGACUCAAAGUGCUUAGUAUGUGUGUGCGGGCCCACUGGUUUCACUGAGUUAGCAGUACAGUUGGUCAGGCAGCAGGGAUUCAGUGAAGAGGAGAUACAUGCUUUCCAGGGAUGAUUCCUGUGUUCAAGUGUACAGCGGCUUUGUUGUAGUGCUGAUCAUUUCUAUGCAUAUCAGACUAAAAAAGCACUUCAUAUCUCACAAUGACUGAUGUGAGGUUUCCACUGAAGAGCAGAAGGCACUGUCUUACAUAAUGCAUGAUUUUCUUGAACUUCUGUGCACCAAGCAAUGGGGAACAAUGUGAGAGGGCAAUUCAGGCUGCUGUUGUCCAUUCUUCCAUCCCAUGUUUAUUUCUUAUUUUUUCAUGUGAAGAAAUUGUAUAGCACUGGUUCAAAGUGUAUUUUAAUCUGUCAGAUCUGUCAAUCUUUGAAAGUACUCAACCCAUGCAAGCUAUAAAUACUCACUGAAAGUGGAAUUAUAAAUAAUUGCAAUUAGAACGUGAAUAAGCUUCAUAAAGUGUAAUUUAUCCAGUAAUUAAUUUACUCUUGGUCUGCUCAAAAGUAUGGCUUGCAGUUACAUACUCACAGAUGUAAUUGUGGUACAUGUAGGCCAUGUUCUAAAAUGCAGCUCAUGAGCUUUUUGAGAAAAGCAUAAUCUUGCACAGUAAACCCUGGAGCUAAACAACUUAGUUUGUUAUUUUUUAUUUGUAAACCUUUUUGACUUUAUUUAUGAUGCAUCAAAAGCUUGAAAACUUCUAGUGUUUAACAGCUUGCAAAUUUUUUUUUUUUUUUUUUUUUUUUUUUUUACAUCGGGGACUUGAUUACUUAGACAUAGUGAUGUUCCUUGGGUUUCCUGCUAUAUAGUUUAGAGUCAAUCCGUAAUUCUGAAUGCAUCCAGUUUUGUUUAACUCACAGAUACUGUGGCAGCAGCCUGCGAACAUCUAGCAGCUGAUCCAGGUGAAGAAAGUGAAGCUUGUCAUAGAGACGCCAGAGGCAAUACAUUAAACUAUUUAAAAUGCAUCUAUUACGUGCCCAUAUCCAAAGGCAAGGAUGACAUAAAUACCAAUAUUGCCAAUAUUCGCUUUCCACUGAAGACUGUUUCAGACAGAUUUCACUGCCAGUUAACGCAGUGUGCUUAGUCCCACCAUAUUAGAAGUGCUUGGGUAACAUUUGCCAGCAACAGUAAACGGGUGGUACAAUAAACAUGCAGUACUGUACUGUGUAUUUUGGCUGGCCUAUUUGUGUGCGUUAUAUGAGCAUAGGUGGGCCAGUCAUCACUGUAAAUUUGCUUUUUCUUUUAUUUCCUAUGCUGUGCAGUAACUGAAUGCUGCAAUGCUUCCCUUGUGUGUAAAUCUUCUGUUAUCUAUUAAAUUAUUUAUCUGUGUGGUUGCGAGGAGUUUGGACAAUUAAAAGUAAUAAAUAAGGUGGAUUUUUUGAGUGGGAAAAAUAAGGCAUGUAUUGACAUGUUUGUGUUGUAUGAGAAAAUGUAGGGUGGUGGUCAUUUCAAAAGUAUUAAUUGAAACUCAGACUAGAUUAGGAGGUUAAUUAAAAAAUAAGUUGCAACAUGACAAGGAAACUUCAAUAUGGAAAUAUAGAAAUGCUGUAAAAUUAUCCAGUGAUUAGAAACAUAAGUAGAGCUUUCAGUUCAAGAUCAGAUGUUGAAAAUAGAAGUUCAUCCUGGCUCAUUUUGCUGAUGAGAAAUGAUGAGGGUUACUGUAUUUUUUGUGAAACAAGGUUCUCUCUGACUUUAAAAGGAGAUUUUAAAGGUUUUGUUUUUACAUUUGUGCAUAAUUAAAAACUUGAUGAGAACGAUUUGAUGUGAAAUUCUAGAGAAAUGUAAAACAUUGCGUACAUCAGUGAUGAUAUAUGUAGGUUCACUGGUAGUUUUUGGAUAGUAAAAUGGCUGUAUUUGCAUAGUAGACAUUGUGACGUCUUGUCACUACCACUGUAAAGAAAUCUAAGUAAGUUUCUCUAUAUUUAGCGAUUUCAAAUCAAAUCACACUUAAUGCUUUAAUCUUGGUUUUACUUUCAUUUAUUUAAAUAUUUAUUGAGCUGCAGUGUAAUUUACAAACUGGCAGAGAAUUGCAAAAGGUGUGUCACUGACUUGUGAGUAGAACCAUUUCUAGAGGCUCUUUUGGGUGAUUCAGGUUGUGUAAUUCCAUUUAAAAGCACUAGAAUUUAUUUUUCUACAUUUCUUUGUAUGUAUAUUCAAUUGUUCAAAAACAACAAUAAAUUCGUAAUAAAGUUUA